UGACAAGAAAUUGUUUCGGUUAAAUUAUUUUUAACAAAUUAUUUUAUGUAAUUAUCGUGAUACUUGAAAAAACAUUGAUGCUGCCAAACAAUGGAUGUUAUCGAUAAUUCGUAACUAAAAGGUGGCGGUGGAUCGAUAAUUAAGUAGGUGUUUACUUUUAACGAUAUGGAUGAAAUUUUGUUUCCAACUCAAAAUUCCCUAAGUGACAAUGAUGAUGGGGAUUUAAAGUUCUUUAACACGACCACUGAAAGCAGAAAAGACAGCGAAACAUCAGAUACCGGUGGUGAGGGCACCGGAAAUGACGGAGACACUGAUGCCAAGGAAAGCAAACACUUCGUUGAUGCCGAUGGCGACUCUGGAGAGCCCUCGCAAAAGAAGCUGAAGACUAAAAAAGAGCUCGAAGAGGAAGAACGUGAAAGAAUGCAAGUUCUGGUGUCCAACUUCACAGAGGAGCAACUAGACCGCUAUGAAAUGUAUCGUCGAUCCGCGUUCCCAAAAGCGGCUGUUAAACGACUAAUGCAGACUAUAACAGGUUGCUCAGUCUCCCAAAAUGUGGUCAUAGCCAUGUCAGGCAUUGCCAAGGUAUUUGUGGGCGAAGUGGUGGAGGAAGCUCUGGAUGUGAUGGAAGCGCAAGGAGAAUCUGGCGCACUGCAGCCAAAAUUCAUACGCGAAGCUGUGCGUCGAUUACGCAGCAAAGGACGCAUGCCCAUUGGACGCUUUCAGCAACCUUACUUUAGAUUAAACUAGUUACUUAACAUAUAAUAUAUAGCUUAAGACAAUACAUAGAUUACGUAAAUAUACAAAAAGCGUCUUUAUUCGUUUAAUAUGUUUUUAUAAGCUAA